GUUUUCAGAUAUGUAAAAUGUUGUGAAGCAAACAAGGGUAGAGGAACCACUCCCGCAAAUCCUUUACACCACGAUACUACAAGACUGUAUAUAAAAGAAACCCCUGGAAUACUAAAGAUGGGGGCUGCGUGCUCCGUGUCUCCUGCGGAAACACGAGUAGAGACGGUAUACAUCAAGCCACAAGAGAACCCCAAACAGGGAGCCCAAACAGGGAACGGUACAACACGACCUCCAAGGGUACAAACCACUACACACCAAGAUCCUAUCAGUGUGGAGGGAGAGGGGUUGAAGACUGACUCAGGAUUUCAGAACGGCCCUAAUACAACCACACAAAUCCCUAACUCAGUACCAGAAAUACAUCUAGAAGACUAUAACAUGGACGAUAAUGACAAUGUGGCAGUAUCAGACGUAGGCAGUGAUGACCUCGUGGACCCCAGCUUGAACAUUGAUGACACAGAAAAAAAGAUAGAACGAUCCAGAAGAACGAGCAAGAUGGAGAAUAAAGCGGUGACCAAACAGAAACUGUUGCGGAGGAUGGCGUCUCAGGAGACGGUGACCAAGGAGCAAGGACAUUCUACUGAUACAACCGCACAAACCAGUCCCACUGCAGUGGACGACACUAUAGAUCCUAGUCUGAACAUGAACGUUGUCGAGGAGAAACUUACCAAGACCAGACGAGUCAGUCACAGCUCUUAUCAGCAGAGACUUAGCCUCAAAAAGGAGAGUCUCAAGAAGAAAACUUCUCUGGAGGAGAGCAAUGGAGCCGCGACAAGUCGACCUGCCAAUAUUUCUACCUGAGCAGAAGUUACUGAUUCGUAGUUUUCACUUUUAGCCAGCUGUUGCAUCGCCAAUAUCAAAUCAAAAGAAAUUGUAAAUAUCCUACUUUAAUGAUUUGAAUUUUAAGCUUUUGAUAUUGGGAAUAUUAUUGCAGUACCUUUGCUCACAAUUUCGGCCGUUUGAUAUAACUGUUUUCAUAUAAUAUAGGCUCACGGAUUGAGUGAUAUGCUCAAUUGAACUCAUUCCACUCGUUCUCAUUUAAUAAUUGGCUAUUUUCAAGGAAAACCAACCCAUGCGAAGGAAUUCCUCGGAGCACCUAGCUGGAAAUCCCGAUGUAUUUUAUUUAGUAUUUGUGUGUGCGUGGUACAACUAGCGACUAGUGCCAGUUAUACCCCUUGUAGCAUAAUCGAGCAAGCCAAUGACCUGCCGCAUGUUUAUACUCAUUUUGUACAAUCCUAAACAAUGUCUUAAUAUACAUUC